ACGGACAGCAGUCGUAUGGGCAACAGCCGUAUGGGCAACAAUCUUCUGGUCAACAGGGUUAUGGUCAACAGCCUUCUGGCCAACAGGGCUAUGAACAAGGACCCUACGGUCAACAGUCGUAUGGACAGCAAGCGUACGGCCAACAACCCACAAAGGCUUUUGCGGGACAACAAACAUACGGUAUGUUCUUAGUCACCAGUCGCCCAUCCUCACUGAACUAACUCAACGACCGCAACAGGCCAACAGGAUGUAGAGAUGCAACCUCUCGGCGCCCAACAGGGCGGCCGGACCCCCGCACAAUCCGCUCAAGGCGCCACCCCUAUCCUGCAAGAAUGCAGCCGUGUGAAGAUGGAGGCCAAUGCCCUGGACGGAAGUGUGUCCGAGCUGCAAGCGAUGCAAAACGACUACCUACGCGCAGGUAAUGUCACAAACAGAGACAUCGACGCAAAGAGCGCAGCCAUCACGGCACGAUACCGCGAACUGGUCGGGCAGGUGAGGAGCAUCAAGAGCAACCCCGAGGCCGGCAGCCGCAUGCACAGGGAUCAGGUCGUCACCCUCGACCGCUUCAUCAGGGGAAAGAUCAGCGCGUUCCAGACUUCAGAGCAUGACUUUGGCGUCGAGGUGCGAAAGCAGCAAGAACGGCAGUACAGGAUCGUCAACCCCAAUGCCACCGAGGCCGAGGUGCGCGAGGCGACUGCGGACGGCGGCGACACGCAGGUCUUCCAGCAAGCCUUGCUCAAUUCCAACCGUCGGGGCCAGGCGCAGAGCACUCUCCGCAACGUCCAGCAACGUCACGAUGCCAUCCAGCAGAUCGAGAAGACGGUGAUGGAGCUUGCACAACUCUUCCAGGACCUGGAUGCUAUUGUCGUACAGCAGGAGCCAAUGGUGCAGAACAUCGAGCAGAAGGCGGAGGAUACGAAUCAGAACAUGGUGGCGGCGAACACUGAGAUGAACGGCGCGGUGAAGAGCGCCCGCGCGGCGAGGAAGAAGAAGUGGAUUUGCUUGGGGAUCGUUGGUAAGCUCACUGCUCUCUAUCGAUCCUUCGUUUACACACGGCCAUGGCUAAUUCGAGCACAGUCGCCAUCAUCAUUAUCAUUAUCGUCAUCGUGCUCGGUUACCUGGGCGCCACCGGGCGCUUGUCGAGCAGCAACAACAGCAGCAACAACAACAGCGGUUAGACGCGGAGCCCACAAACCCGUUCCGCUGGCCUCCAGCCUCUCCAUACUUCUGUUACAAUUGAAUAAACUUUAAUACAGCACUUGGCAUAGCGUCGUCACCCCCAUUCACGUGGCCUAGUGUCUCUUUUGUCCGGCGAGGCGUCGAGUUGCCUCAUCGACGGAGACAACCCUCAA